UCACGGUGGCCACGCCCCGGGCCGCCCUCCUCUGCCGCGCGCCGCUCGCCCCGGAUUCCUCUUUACAUAACGGCGUGGGGCGGCAUGGGCUCGGGCUGUCGCCUCCGCCUGGCCGCUCUCCCGCCCGGACUGUCACGGGCCACGGGGUCCACAGCGGCGGCGGCGGCGGCCGCAGUAUCGUCCCGGGGGCGGCCCGGGGCCGCGUCCCCCGGCUGCUGUCAGGAGCUGGCGGCGGAAAUGAGGCGCUGGCCGUUUUCCGAGCCGGGGUUUCCUGCCUGAGCGCCGAGAGGCCGUGCGACGCCAUGGGCCGGCCGGGCCCAGACCCGCAGCUUGCGCGCCCGGCAGCCCCGCCUCGCUCUCCACCAUGAACGAGCCCACCGUGCAGCCGUCCCGCACGUCCUCGGCACCCGCCUCACCAGCAUCCCCGCGCGGCUGGAGCGACUUCUGCGAGCGGCACGCAGCAGCGGCGGCGCGGGAGCUGGCCCGCCAGUACUGGCUGUUUGCGCGCGCGCACCCACAGCCGCCUCGUGCGGACCUGGUGUCGCUGCAGUUCGCUGAGCUCUUCCAGCGCCACUUCUGCCGGGAGGUGCGUGAGAGCCUCGCGGGACCGCAGGGUCACGACUACCGUGCUACUGCUCCGGCCCGUCCCGCGCUGCCCAAGGCACGUAGCUCCGAGGACCUGGGCCCACGGCCCACCUGUGCCCUGCAGCACCUGCGCCGUGGCCUGCGCCAGCUUUUCCGCCGCCGCUCAGCUGGGGAGCUGCCGGGGGCUACUAGCGACACCAAUGACAUCGAUUCCACCGCUGCCACCAGGCCGGGACCGGCCCGCAAGUUGCUACCCUGGAGCCUGCGAGAGCCGUCCGCCGCCGAGGCGCUCAAAGAGGUGGUAUUGCGUUACAGCCUGGCGGACGAGGCAGCAAUGGACAGCGGUGCGCGCUGGCAGCGGGGUCGCCUGGUGCUUCGUUCUCCAGGUCGGGGCCAUGGCCACCUUCUGCAACUCUUCGAUCCGCCCAAGAGCUCAAAGCCCAAGCUCCAAGAGGCCUGCUCUAGCAUCCGGGAGAUCCGACCAUGUACACGCCUGGAAAUGCCUGACAAUCUCUACACCUUUGUGUUGAAGGUGCAGAACCAGACAGACAUCAUCUUUGAGGUGGGAGAUGAACAGCAACUGAACUCAUGGCUGGCAGAGCUCAGGGCAAGCACAGGCCUAGGGUUGGAGCACCUGGACACAGAGUUACCUCUUUCCUUAGUGGCAGAGCCUAGCCCAGCUAGAUCCCCAAGGGGAAGCACUGACUCCCUGGACCAAGGUGCUUCACCUGGGGUGAUGCUGGACCCAGCCUGCCAGAAAACAGAUCACUUCCUGUCCUGCUACCCCUGGUUCCACGGCCCUAUCUCCAGGGUGAGGGCUGCACAGCUGGUUCAGCUGCAGGGCCCUGAUGCCCAUGGAGUGUUCCUGGUGCGGCAGAGUGAGUCCCGGAGAGGGGAAUAUGUACUCACAUUCAACCUACAGGGCAGAGCCAAGCACCUCCGCCUGGUGCUCACAGAGCGUGGACAGUGCCGUGUUCAACACCUGCACUUCCCUUCAGUGGUAGAUAUGCUCCGCCACUUCCAGCGCUCCCCUAUUCCACUUGAAUGUGGAGCAGCCUGUGAUGUCCGACUCUCUGGCUAUGUGGUAGUCGUCUCUCACGCGCCAGGUUCCUCCAACACUGUCCUUUUCCCUUUUUCCCUUCCUCACUGGGACUCGGAGCUGGGCCAUCCCCACCUCAGCUCUGCUGGCUGUCCCCCCCGCCAUGGUGCAGAGGCUCUCCCUGGCCAAGUGACACCCCCUGAGCAGAUCUUCCACCUGGUGCCUUCUCCUGAGGAACUGGCCAACAGUCUGCGGCACCUGGAGCUUGAGUCUGUGAGCAGUACCCGGGACUCAGACUACGAAAUGGACUCCUCUUCACGGGGCCACCUUCGGGCCAUUGACAACCAGUACACCCCUCUCUCACAGCUGUGCAGAGAUGCAGACUCGUGAAUGGAACCCUGUUCCUCCCUUCCAGAGAACUACAGGCUGCUGUCAGCCUUUCCCAGCUCAGAUGUGCCCGCUUCCAACACACACAAGGCUGUCACAGGCUUCCUGUCAGCCACAGCUAGCCGCUGGCUUUCUCCCACUGUUUACAGAUGUAGCUCUUGUGCACAGGUGCCACUAGCUGGCACCCUAGGCCUAGUCUCCAACCCAGAGGAGGUGGGGCUGCAGGCCCAGACCAGAGCUGGCAGUGGCAACUGACAGAACUGAUGACAGACUUCUUACCAGGUAGGGCCAUCAGGAAGCACAAAACACUAACAGUCCCUGGAUUCUCACAUGGUGUCCUUCCCUGUAGCUUCAGUUCUGUGGCAAGUCCACGUUCCAUGCCACAGGCGAUGGAUGGAUGCUUCAUAAUCCUGCUUCUACUCUUAGCUUUAGGACAGAAGCUCUGCUAGAGGGACAAACUUAAAGAUCAAAAAACGAUUUAAACAUUUUACCUCAGAGUACUUUUUUUUUUUCUUAAAGGAUUCAGGUUUCCAUUUAGUAUUAUAGCUUACUUCACUGCACUGCCCUACUAGGACCCUGCCACUCUGAAAUUGGGGGCAGCGAAGUACCCUUGCUUCGCUUACCCUGAGCCAAGCUAGCAUGCUAGUGUCCUUGUCUGCUCACUCAGGACAGUUGCCUGCUAUGGAGUAGCCACUGUCCUCCCUAAUGUAUAGAAUGAAAUAUGUCACCCUUUCAGGGAAAUAAAUCCAGGCAGCUUGCAGAGAGCGGAGGGUGGCAAGGGACAUUCCACCCCAGUGCCUUAUGCAAAAACAGAACUCUGGUUUAUAGCAGCUUUACACAGGAUGGGCUGAAUAGGUAGGGGAAGAGACAAACACAAAAGGGCUCCUGGGCUUGUUUAGUGAACCCAUAUUUAUAGACUACCCCACCCUCCAGCAUCUAGUGGCUUAUUGAGGUUGGCUCUUUUGUGAGCCAAAAAGGGAGCGGGCACCCUGCUAUGUAGAAACUCCUGUAACAGCUCCUAAAUGUUCUGUCCCAGGUGGCAGCAGGGUCACUGGUAGGGAGACUGUUCCAUUCAUACAAUCUUUCCAUCUAGAUAGUGCCAAUACUGUGAUCUUUCCUAAGGGAAACAGUUCACAGGGGCUGGAGUGGGCUAUUCAUGGGCACAUAGCAGUGGCUUUAGGGAAUCACAACUUAACUCCUAGAUAUGUUCAGGAGGCAAACAUGUCCCUGCCCUGCUGAAGCCAACAGUGCUGACCUCAUCUGGUUACCCUGCACUUUGCAAGCGUAUGUGGGUGGGCUUUGGUGAAGGAAGCAGCUGCACCUUCUCUUGAAGGUGCAGAUUUGUAUUCCAUCUUAUAACUUUCCUUCACUGUACAUAAGGUAUGAACCAAAGAUAGAAGCAAUAUCCAACCCGUGCUCCAGAUUCCCGUCUAGUCUACAUAGGAUGUUGGACAGCUGCGUCCUUGCACCUGGCCAGAAGCUUCACAUUCUCCUGGGCCUUCAGAAGAGACUUGUCAGAUCAGCACCUCUGCCCCAUAGUGCUGGGAUUCACCCACUGUUGACAGUUAUUCUCAUAACUGGGACAGAGUGACAACAUUAAGCCAACACUUUUUCUUUCUGCUAGAGUAGGUCCAAUGGCUGAAGGGGGCAGGCAGGUUUGAGAGGCCCCAGGCCAGAUGCCCUCACCAGUAUGUCAACACCAGGCACCAUUCCCACCCCAGCAGUCUUUACUGGCCACCACUGGCAACCGAGGCCACACUAGGCAGGAAGUGUCAGUGUCGCUCAACAGUCCCCGCACCCGUUUCGUUCUGAGUACUCAACUACAAACUACAAGUCACCAGCACCAAAGAGGUCAGCUAACCUGCCUUGACUUUCCCAGCAAUCCAUAUGGCUUUAUCUGUGUAAAUCUACUAACCUGCCUUGACUUUCCCAGCAAUCCAUAUGGCUUUAUCUGUGUAAAUCUUCUGCCUCUGAUCAUUUCUGGACGGUGUAGGAGAAAGGAAUAGCGAUCAUUACAAUCCUGGGCCACACAACACUAUCUUUACCUAAGUUUCUUAACCUAAAUUAAGGCUUCACCUCUCUCCUGAGGGGUCGGGUCGGUCUCUUGUUUAAAUGUUACCUUGGCGCAAACACCAAGUGAUAAACUGUCAUCCACUGCCUCCUAAUGAAGACACACCUAAUGGCCAACAUGUGGCCAGAAUAAGCAGCAUUGUGACCAUAGGAACAGGGGAUUUCAUCUUCUAUCAUCAUAGCAGAAGGUAUUUGGCAAAUCUUUGUUUUAUGUACUGUAUGAAUAACUUAUUCUUGAAUAAUGCAAAUUUUGCUACAAUGUACAAAUUGCUGUAUGUGAAUUAAAAAGGGUUUCAGAAUUACAA